UGCUUGUGUAUCAAUAUUCGCACAUGGAGAAGACUACUGGGAUUCUCGUCCUAAAGUGUGAUUAGACAACUUUGUUGACGCUGGAUCGGCUGCGUUGGCCAAUUUUGAGAAGGGAGCAUCCAACCAUCGCAGUGCUGGAUGCGCAUUACGCUCGCAGCCGAAGGGAAUUGCUGCAGUGUAAACAAACCGACUGCGGUGGUAGAAACUAGUGGCAUCACAAUGAUGACCAUUCGUUUUCAGACGAGCAAAGGAUUUUAUUUUUUGGCGUGAAAAUGUCCAUUUGAUCUGUCAGAUGGACCUCGCGGAUGACGGCCCGUUAACCACUACUUGAGUGCCGCGAUGACCGCCAAGCAGGAGGCGGAGGACACCACCAGCAGCACGGCGUCCGGCAGCGCGCCAUCGCGGCUCGGCCGGCUGCCUGGCGAGCGCCUCCCCGGCCCGAAGACCAGUGUGUGCUCCCGCUCGUACUUCGUGGUGGUGAUGGUGUUCUUCCACGUCUACAUCAUCAAUGUGAUCGUCCUCCUCUUGUACGUGCACUACAGCAGCGGGCAGGAGGACGCCAGGCCGGGUCCUCCUCGCGAUACACAGAGCAGCGACAAGCAGAACCCACAGUCGCCGCGUCCGCCAUCCAAGGCACCGUUGACGCGUGACAUUUCACUCCCACGCAUCGAGGGCAUCCGAGUGGGACAUGUUCAGAAGGUGUCAUUAGUUCCCGGUAAAGUCCACGAAAUGAGAACUUUGAGUCUGAAACCUCUGCUCUUUGAGAUCCCUGGGUUCUUGUCAGAGGAUGAGUGCCGUAUUGUGAUGCAGCUGGCACAGCUAAAGGGUCUAAUGGAAAGUCAGUUGAUGGUGCAAGACGGCCAGGAGGAGCUGGCCGAGGAGCUCAACAUCAGCCCAGAGGAGAUCUUCAACCUUCUAGAUAUCAACCAGGACGGACAGCUGCAGCUUCAUGAGAUACUGACUCAUUCUCGAGUGAGGGACGGCAUUUGGCUUACGCCGGAAAAUUUGCAAGAAAUCUAUGCUGGGCUCAAUGCAGACAAAGAUGGGAAUGGUUUGCUGAGUUUAGAAGAGUUCAGGCUCCUGAGUGCUGAUGCCUUCCAGCACUUUCUGCUGCAACAGGGGGUUAAAAAGAGCCAGCUGGUGAGGAACAGUCGACACACUUGGCUAUACCAGGGGAAAGGAGCCCAUCAGGUCCUUCAAGACAUUAAGACAAGAGUGACUCGCCUCACGCGUCUGCCGACCACACUGGUGGAUCUAAGUGAGCCGCUGCAGGUGGUCCGCUAUGAGGAGGGCGGGCACUACCAUGCCCAUCACGACAGUGGGCCCUUCUACCCAGAAACCGCGUGUACUCACACACGUCUCGCGGCUAACGCCUCAACUCCUUUCGAGACAUCCUGCAGGUACAUCACUGUUCUCUUCUACCUGAACUCUGUUGACGGGGGCGGGGAGACCGCAUUCCCUGUGGCAGACAACAGGACCUUUGAUGAAGUGUCUCUCAUUCAGAAUGAUGUCGAUCUCCUGGACACAAGGAGGAAUUGUGACAAGAGUAACCUAAGGGUGAAACCUACCAAAGGGAAAGCUGUUUUCUGGUACAACUACCUUUCUGACGGAAGAGGAUGGGUUGGAGAGCAGGAUGAAUACGCUCUGCACGGAGGCUGUGUGGUCACCCACGGCACGAAGUGGGUCGCCAAUAAAUGGAUCAAUAUUGAUCCAGAUUACCAACGUCAAGCUCGCUACGAGCAGCUGGUGUCCCAUCAGCCAGAGGAUGAGGAUGAUGAAGAUCUGACAUUGAAUUUCGAUAUCCAUCAAGAAUUGUAGCUCAUAUUUCAUCCCCCACCCCCUCUGUCCUGCACACAACACAUUUGGUGACCACAAAAUGUAUUCAGGGAAUGAGGUCACGGUGGUUUUAUGCAACUUCAAAGGCACUUUUGUCAAAUUUUGCUUGAUAUUGUUGUCCUGUUAUUUAUUUAAUUAACUGUGUAUAGUUAGACUUCCCGUUUUAUGAAUGUUGCACUAAAAUGUCAUCCAAAGGAGCUGUAAAAUCUCUUUGCAUGAAGUAGCUAUAUCCAUGUUUUGCUGUUACUAUAAAAUUGCACUUGACUGAGAUUGGUAAUGAAAACAUUUUAGUAUAACUUGUUAUUGCUGUCAUGACCAAAAUAAAAAAUACACACUCUCAGUGUGACGCAUGUUGCCUUGUCUUUGUUCCUUGAAUCACAAGGUUUUGUUCAGAUCUUCUAUUAAAUCAGUCAGUUUUUUUAUUAACUGUAUUUCCCACGUGUAAUAAAAUUAAA